GGAAGUGGUUUAAGAGUUGGCAACUCUUUUCUAAGCUUUAAAGGAACGACGUAAUUGUACAAACCAUUAAUAAAGCGCGUCGACGUGGUUGCUGGUAACAAGAACGCUAUACUGAUCUAUAAACAUGGGAUGGAAGAGGAUUGAAGACAAGAUUCAAACGCCGGGUGAUUGGAGCAAUUUUGUGAGAAAAAUUCCCAACACAACUCCUGAAGAUGCAAUGCGUUUCGUUUUCGCGCACCCGAAGGAAGAGAUUACCUUCUUUUUCUAUGUUCGAAAUACAUUCACUUUUGAAACACCACUUGCAAACGAACACGGUCCUUUUGAAACAGGAAUGGCAGUAUUCUUUAAAGGCCAGGCGGCUAUUACCAGUUCUUUGCAAUGUGAUAUAUACGAGAAAAAGCCGAUUGCUACAAUCUAUAUCAAUCCUUUGAGCAAUCAGCAAUUUCUUGAUAUCAAAAAUUACGUGCUAGCAAAGACGACUCCAUCCCCAGCGAUUGACGCGGUUUGUAUCUUUGCUGGUAAUUUUGUCACCUACACUCGUCCCAUGCUCCGAGCCAAGGGCAAUCCGCACGCCACAGCCCAGUUCAACCCGAACAUUCAGAUGGUACUUGAUUCAGGAUACAUAAAACAACUUCAGAACCAAGGUAUAACUGUUUUACUGACCAUACUGGAUGGUUGCCAAACAGGUUGGUCGCAAUUCGCAGAUCAAUCUACAGCCCAAAGUUUCGUGGAUUAUCUCAAAACGGAAGUUGUCACACUCUAUGGUUUGGAUGGAAUUGAUAUUGAUGACGAAUAUAGCAUCGGCACCAUUCAUAAUGAUUCGUUGGCCAUGGUUACAACCCUAAUGAAACAAGCCAUGCCUAACAAACUGAUCACAAAAGCGUUGUAUGAUGAUCAUGUUUACUUCAACACCGAUUGGAAUGGCCAUCAUCUGGGUCUAAAUCUGGAUUACGGUUGGGAAAUGACUUAUUACGACGGCGAUAUCAAUUUUCGACUACAUUUCUACACUGGCAAAAGAAUGAGUAAAUCGCAGUUGUGUAUCGGUUUUUCUGCUGAAGACAGAUUUUCAUGGGAGUGGCAGUAUACUUCCUCACAGGCAUCAGAGGUGAUUCGUGAGAAGUAUGGAGGUGGAAUGAUGUUCAACUUUGAACACCAGCCCAGGAGCAUCAAGUUGAUGAAAACAGUGGUUAAUGCUAUGUGUGGACCUGGUAGCUGGAAAACUAUUGGUUCUAUACGACGUCGAUGUUCUAUACAAUGACUAGAUAUAGAACAUGAUAUGACUUUAAGCAAUGAAAGUAGAGCUGAAUGUAAUUUGGUUAACUAUAGUCUAUACACUUCAUAUUCUUUGCUAAUCACAAGACUUAAAUCCAAUGUAAUCAUAGGCUAUAUAGUGUAGCUCAGUUGCUGGUUGACUUUUCUUUAAAGAAAUCUUGCACGGAACGGCUUUGAACGGCUUCUCCGUAUAUAAGGGAAACUAUACAUGCUUAUACCCCUGCUCACCAGCUUCUGUAAGUUAUAUACAGGGUGUAUCAAAAAAAACGCAACCACUUAAUAUUCAUGAAUGUCCUCUUUGUUCUAC